UUCCUAUAUGUAUAUGUAGUACAGUGAUGCCUAAAAGGAUCCUGAUCUAUAAAUAAGACCCCUGCAUAAUUACAUUAACACAUGGCCUUUACCAUGUCGCCCUCUAGUGGCUCAAUCGUGUAAAUACAUGAUCAGACCGUCCACAACACACAGCAGCUGUGCGCUCACAAAGUUCAGUAAAAUAACUUUUAAUAUCCGUCAUUUGGAGCAAGUUUCGAAACAAGAUCUGAAGGGAGGAAACCGAAGAGGAUGAGAAGGGAAACACCUGCUGUGUGUGCGUUUUUAAACAACACUGGUUUUCCCCUCGACUUUUAAAAAGUUGCCAUGUGAUCCUCCAGCCGAUCUCAGCCAGAAUGUCAGCCGGCAUUUGCGCGUUUUCCCCCGGUACGCGACACCCCCUUUCCUCGGUGUCUUCCAACUGAACCGCAACACGUCGACUUUCUUUUUCCCCAUCCUGUUAUAAAUACAGUUUCCAGGGAGUUUCCACAGGGGGGAAACAUGCGCUCUUUAGUCGGACUUGGUGCCCUUGUGGCGGCUGCGAGUUUCUUUCUCUACCUGCUGUCCACUCAUCUCCCCCCGGGAACCAAGCGCCUUCAGCCGGCCUCUGAGGGGGAGGAAGAGACGGUGGAGGAGUACAGUCUGAAGUUCCCGUCGGACCUGGACUCUCUGCGGGAGCUCGCUGAGAUGCUGAAGCUUUAUAAACGAGAACAUUACAGUUACGUGCUGCUGCUGUUCUGCAGCGCGUAUCUCUACAAACAGUCCUUUGGUAUACCUGGAUCCUCCUUUCUGAACAUGUUAGCCGGAGCGAUCUUUGGGCCCUGGGAGGGUCUUGUGUUGGCCUGCCUUCUGACCACAGUGGGCUCCACCUUCUGCUUCCUGCUCUCCUCAGCGUUCGGGAAGCAGCACGUUGUUCACUUCUUCCCCGACAAGGUGUCUCUGCUGCAGAGGAAGGUGGAAGAAAAUCGUAGCAGUUUGUUCUUCUUCCUCCUUUUCCUCCGUUUCUUCCCCAUGACUCCUAACUGGUUCCUGAACAUCACGUGUCCCGUCCUCAACAUCCCGAUGCCCAUUUUCUUCUUCUCUGCGUUAAUAGGUUUGAUCCCCUAUAACUUCAUCUGUGUCCGAACGGGCUCCAUCCUGUCGGAGAUCUCCUCUCUGGACGAUAUCUUCUCCUGGGCGACUCUGGCUCAGCUGUUAGCCAUCGCCCUCAUGGCUCUGCUGCCCGGAGCCGUGAUCAAACGCUACGGAGAGGCUCACCUCAGGGUGGACGGCAUGGACCGAGAGGAUCAGAUCAGGAAGGAACGAUGAUUCUGAGAAGGAGCAAUAAACUGGAAACUGAUGUCUUACGAUACUGAAGCUUGAUCAAGGAGGAUUGACAGACAAAACGACCGAGAUGUUCUGCCACCACCAACAUUUAUGAAGCCUUUCUUUUCACAUAAUGAUCAGAGACAGCCAGGGUCAGAUCAGGAAGGAGCAGAAGGAACGGGGAUUCUGGGAAGGAUGUAUAUGACGAUACAAACACGAGACGUUUUGAUAUUUUCUUUUGUAUUCUAUCAGAAAUUCAGUUCUCAGUUCCCUAAAGAUCUCUCGAUGCCAAAACAUAUAUUCGCCAAUAGGCCAUACACUCUUUACAUUAAGUAAAAACAAGGUCUUAAAAGUUGAGGUUAGUGCCCUAAUCCGUCACAUCCUACUGUAUGACAUACACUGUAAUGACGAUUGGUGGCACAGCAGCUUUCAAAUGAAUGAAAUCACUGCGAAUGUCUUGACAUGAGAACAUUGUAUUUUAAAGCUGUCUUCAGUUAAUCCAAGAAGACAUGUAUAGCCUACUUGACGUCUCCCUGAGUCUCCUGUCAGCUCUGUAGCUCCUGUCAGUGCAGGAAAUAAUACACAUACGUUAUUCUUAUAGGUAAAUGAAGAACUGAAAACACCUGUGUGGGAAUGCAGAGGGUUUUUAGAUGUGUCAACUCUAAAGUUAAGCCCCUUAAAAAUAACAAUUAAGAACAAUUGUUUUAUUUCUCUCUCCUCUCUCCAUUUAUAUAUUGUGGAAUAGUUAUACAUUUUUCACUGACAAGAUGCAACAAAAUGCCUCCUAUCAUAGCUUUAACCUGAUUCUUUCUGUAUUGUUUUUUACAUUUCGACGUCACUACACCUUAAAGACCCUUAAAGGUAAUUUACAAUUAACCAGCAAAACAAUGUCUCUCCUCCUCACGUUACCCUUCUCUCACUGAAUGUUUGCAGCUGUUUUGGUGCCAGGAAUUGCGUGAAACAUAUUUAUUUUUUUGAAUAUGUUAUUGUUUAAAUAUCUCCAUUAUAAUUGAAGUACUUACACAUGUCUUAAACAGGUGCGUUUAACACGAGCUGUGCACAACGAGGGCAAUAUAUUUUCAUUGUUGUCUCUAUUUUGAUGCUUUUCUGACCUUGUUUACAUGGAUUUUAUUUUACUGUAGGAUGCUGUGAAGAGUGUGUGUUUCAAUGUGUGUGGAUACUAUAUGGAUGUAUUUGUUUAGCUCAGGGGGGUCAAACUCAAAAACACAGUGGGCCAAUAUUUAAAAAUGGGUACUAGUGGAGAGCCGGACUGGUUCAAUGUUUAUUGCAGAACUUAUUGAA